AUGAAGACUGCAAUUACUGCUCUCGUUGCCCUUGCGGCCCAUGCCGUUGCCCUCGGCGUCGACGUCAACGCCGGAGUCGGUGUAGGUGUCGGUGUCGGCAACGGCCACGGCCACGGCCACGGCGCCGUGGAUAUCGAUGUCGAUGCCGAUGUCGAUAUCGAUAUUGAUGUUACCCACGGCCAUGGCGGCCACGGCAGACCUUCCGUCACCGGGUCGGCUUCCCACCCGCCCAAGUGGACCACGAGCACCGUCUGGACCACCAGCGUCCAGACCAUCACCAGCUGCCCUUCCACCGUCGUCGACUGCCCGUACCGCAGCAAAGCUGUCUACUCCACGGUCACCGUCGCCGUCAGCACAACCGUUUGCCCCGUAAGCGAGGUCGAAAAGACUUACACUCCCACCGCUGCGCCCCCUCCUCCGGCCUCCACCCACACGUACGCUCCUCCGCCGCCUCCGCCUGCCAGCUCCUCGGCCUACUAUGCUCCCCCGCCGCCUCCGCCGGCCAGCAGCUCGGCCUAUGCUCCUCACCCGGCUCCUCCGGCUGCCAGCUCGCCCGCCUACACUCCUGCGCCUGCCCCUGUGGUGACCCCGUCCCCGUCGCUCACCACCAAGUCUGUUGGCACCGUUGCUGCCCCGAGCAAGACGUCAUCGUACUCAGCAGUUGUCACGGCCGGCGCCAGCCACAACGCCCAGCGUGCAGGCGGUGCUCUCGCGGCCCUUGCCGUCGCCGCUGCGCUGCUCUAA